AGCAGACAGGUGCAGGCAGACUGGAAGAAGCAGCAGCAUGGCGUCCUUUGUGCCGGAGCGUGGCCCGUCCCCCCCCGUCUGCAGACGUUCGCUGCCCCAGCAGGAGCUCCCAUCUCUGGGCCUCGACCCGUCCGACUUCAGCCUGUACGGCCCUCUGUCUCCACCUGCGUCCAGCCCAUCGGCGUGGCUCCAGCCGGCCCACAGCUGCAGCUUCGCCUCCAGCCUGGACCAGAACUUCGCCGCAGGAUGUGCACCGGGGCUGCCCCCACCCUUCAGGGAUUUCCACCCUCAUCUCUACGAGCUCCAGAGGAGCAUGCCCUGGUUCUCCCAGGACGAGAUGCUGAGCUUGGUCCGCCCGCCAUACUCUUACUCUGCCCUCAUCGCCAUGGCAAUAAAGAGCGCUCCAGAGCAGCGGCUGACCCUCAGCCAGAUCUACCAGUACGUCUCGGACAACUUCCCCUUCUACGGCCGCAGCAAGGCCGGCUGGCAGAACUCCAUCCGCCACAACCUGUCGCUCAACGACUGCUUCCAGAAAGUUCCCCGGGACGAGCGCGAUCCAGGUAAAGGGAACUACUGGACUCUGGACCCGAACUGUGAGAAAAUGUUUGACAACGGAAACUUCCGCCGCAAGAGGAAGAGGAAGAACGACUGUGAGACCAAUGAGAAGAAAUCUUCCUCCUCUUCAUCAUCACCGUCCUCCUCAGAGCCCAGCCCAAAAAUUCCCAUUGUGCACAGCAGCAGCAGUUACAGCACGGAGCCGCCUCCUCUCUCAGACGCUGCGUCCAACCUCAGCAGCUUCCUCUGCCACCUCCAGGACUCCCUCUUCCUCGUUCCUCCUCUUCCUCCCUCCUCUGCACCUUACAUGAAGUUACCAGAGCAGGCCUUCCCGUCGCCUCAGGGGUACACGUCUUCUUAUUCGCCCGGUGCCGUGGUGCCGCAGUGGGACACCAGCUGCUCCUCUCCAUCCUUCUACACCUCGCCGCCUCCUCUCUUCUCGUCCUCCCAGGCCAGUCCCUUUAACUUCUGCCCGCUCCCUGACCCUCAGACUGGCUCCCCGUCACUCUACACUGAGCUGCAGACGCCGUCCUGUCCUCACGUGGAGCUCCAGGAGACGCAGCAGCUGCAGCAGCUGCAGGCCCAGAGCCAGCCUCUGUUCUCCGGGGGCUUCAGUGACUCUCUGCCCCUCGACUCGCUGGUCCUCCAGCACUGA